GGCGGGGCCGCAAAGUGCUGCGCGAAUCGCGGUCGAGGGUGCGCCAUGAGCUGGGGCGUAGACAGCUGAGAGGGAGCCGGUUGGCCAGAGUCACGUGGCGCGACGGCAACCUGUUUCUACGGAACUGGCGGCGCUCGGCCAAGCGCCGGCCGCGGUAGUCUGCCGCUGCAGCGGAGCGCGGAGGAGGCGGCGAGCCACGUGUGAAGUGUGAGCGGCGCGACCGGUGAGCGGCGGUGACCUCAGGUCAGCGGCGGCGCCGGCGAGAGUGGCGCCGUGUGAGUAAACCCGGGCCGGGAGAUGGGCCCGUUGCGACGCGGGGUAUGAAUCCCGCCAGGAGCUACGAGUCUGUCAGCGAGCUCCAGCUGCCUGCGGGCUGCGCGGAGCAGGUCGGCCAGGCGCCGGCCUCGUCACAGCAGGGUGACAUAUCACUGCAAUGCCACGCCUUCAAGAGCAAGCUGUUCAGGAAGAAGCGAACGUGCAACGUGUGCCACCAGACCAUCAACACACAGGGCAGCUCGUGCCGAGUGUGCAAAUAUGCCUGCCACAAGAGCUGCGAGCCGAAGGCGUCAUCUCACUGCAACGAGUCAGGAGGUCGGGAGCGGGCCGGGGCCGGUCAACGCUCCCGCGACCCCACACCGGAGCGCUACCAGGGCAACCAGGCCUGGCAAAUCUACCAUUCGCACAGGCAGCAGGAGGGGGCUGCGGCCCCGUCGCUCCAGAAUGACCCACUAGCGAAACCACGGCAGCCACCAACUAAACCGCUCCCUCAGGGCAGGUUGGUGGCUGGGCGGAGGUCUCGGGAGCGGCCAGGUCAGACCAGCAUGGAGCUCAACUUCGUCACCCAGCGCGUGAUGGCGCUCUGCUUUCCACCGGGCGUUGAUGCUGCCACCUACCGGGAAAAUCUACGGGAAGUGGCGCAGAUGCUGCAGACCAAGCACGGCGACAGCUACAUGAUCUUCAACCUGUCGGAGCGCCGUCCGGAGCUGUCGGAGCUGCACCGCCAGGUGGCCGAGUACGGCUGGCCCGAGACGCUGGCGCCGCCGCUCGACAAGCUCUGCAGCAUCUGCAAGGCCAUCGACAGCUGGACGGCUGCCCAGCCGCACAACGUGGCGGUGCUGCACUCUCGCGGCGACAGCGGCGACAGAGGCGGCUGGGACCGGAUUGGCGUGGUCGUCAGCGCGUACAUCCACUACUUCCAACAUCUGCCGCAGUACGUCAACUACUUCGCCGGCCUGCUGUCGGGCCUGAUCCAGAUCAACAGUAGCCCCCUGGGUCUGCACCACCUGGUGCUGGUGGGCUCGCCGCAGCUGCGGCCCGCCGGCGGCUGUCGCAUCUUCGUCCGCGUCUACCAGGGCAUGGUGCCGGUCUGGACGUCCGCCGUCUACAGCGUCGACGACCGCGCCAAGUACACCGUCAUCAGCCGCCCACAACUGCGCCUGACCUGA